AUGAAAGCCGUUCUGUUAUUCCUCUCGAUCUCGUGUCUGGCCGUGAGCCUGGCGACCCCGCUGGAGAAGCUGGAUAAGAUCAGCGUGCUCGAGAAACAAUCCGUGACGCUAACGGACCGAGCCAAGUACGAAGAGGAAUUGCUUCGUAAACUGAACUCGAAGUGCUCGCAGAAUGACAUCAGUAGCUGUGUGAUGCUCAAGCUGGUCACUUACAUGAACAAGCUACUGAAGAAGGCGUCGAUCGAGCUGACAGACGACAUCGAGAUCAGAAAAACUAGCCAAGCAUCGGAGGAGGUGAUCACGUUCGAAGCUGGUAGGAGUAAAGACGACGAGUCGGAGGUCCUCGACCUUGUCGCGAACAAGGUGUACGCGUUUAUCAAGUCCAGAAGCAUCAAGUGGAGGAUUCUUCCUGAGGACGACGUUGUAGUUUCUGCAUCCGAGGAUGAAAAUGGAUCGUUGAACCUUGGAUUGUCCAUUGAGAGGGCGGACAAUGUUCCCGUGCAGGAUGGUAAUUAUGUCUUUGGAAUUUCUGGAUGA